AUGGUAUUCAUUGACCUAGAGAAAGCCUACGACAAAGUCCCGAGGGAGGUGUUAUGGAGAUGUUUGGAGGCUAGAGGUGUGCCUGUAGCUUAUACUAGAGUGAUCCGAGAAAUGUAUGAUGGUGUUAAGACCCGGGUUAGGACGCUGGGAGGGGACUCGAAAAAUUUCCCAGUAGUGAUGGGUUUGCAUCAGGGAUCCGCUCUUAGCCCGUUUUUAUUUGCCUUAGCAAUGGAUGUUCUAAUGCGGCACAUUCACGAGGAGGUGUCAUGGUGCAUGUUAUUCGCCAGUGAUAUAGUACUGAUUGACGAGACACGAUUCAGUGUUAAUGCGAGGCUAGAGGUCUGGAGACGAACCUUGGAGUCAAAAGGUUUCAAGUUGAGCAGGACUAAAAUAGAGUACUUGGAAUGUAACUUCAGCGACGUGACUCGGGAAGAGGACGUGGAAUUGAGGCUAGAUUCAAGAGUAAUUCCCAAGAAAUGGAGUUUCAAGCACCUCAGAUCUAUAAUUUCUAGUAAUGGAGAGAUAGACGAGGAUGUCACGCAUCGGAUCAGAGCAGGGUGGAUGAAAUGGAGGUCCAUUUUCGGGGUUUUGUAUGAUAAGAAGGUACCACCAAGACUCACAGAUGAAAGUAGAAAAAAUGAGGAUGUUGAAAUGGAUGUGUGGGCAUACCAGGAGAGAUAA